GUACCUUAGCUUGCUAAUGGAUGCCUUGGAGAAAGCUGAUCUAAUCUCAUUUGGGGAGAGAAAAUGGACAAACAGAGACAAAUAUAUGGCAGCUCUUUUUAUUACUAUGCACCUCAUUUGUAUUCUUGCACCCUUCCAUUUCAAUUGGAAUGCAUUUUGGAUCGCAGUUGCAUUCUACGUUAUUACAGGUUGUUUUGGAAUCAAUAUUUCGUAUCAUAGAAAUCUUUCGCAUAGAAGUUUCAGACUCCCUAAAUGGCUUGAAUACUUUUUUGCAUACUGUGGAACUCUUGCAUUUCAGGGUGAUCCAAUUGAUUGGGUGAGUACACAUCGAUGUCAUCAUCAAUUUGCUGAUACAAAAAAUGAUCCACAUAGUCCUAUUCAAGGAUUUUGGUUUAGUUAUUUCACUUGGCUUUUGGAUUCCAAUGCUUUGACUAAAAGAGUUUGUCCACAGUAUUUUAUUGAUCAUAAAGAUACAGAUAAAACCAUCUUCACAUUGGUUUUAAAGUAUGGAAGACCACAUAACGUUGGUGACUUGGAGAAACAAUCGUUCUAUAGGUUUCUUCGCAAAACUUAUUUUCUUCAUCAUCUUUCUCUUGCAGUCCUUCUUUACGGAGUGGGAGGAACACCUUUUCUUAUAUGGGGAAUGUUUGUGAGGACCUUAGCAUUCCUACAUAUGUCCUUUAUUGUUGCUUCAAUAGGUCAUACAUUUGGAAAUCAACCAUGGAAUACUGGUGAUUUGUCUACAAAUAAUUGGUGGAUGUGUUUGAUUUCAUUUGGAGAAGGUUGGCAUAAUAACCAUCAUGCUUUUGAGUAUUCAGCCAGACAAGGGCUUGAAUGGUGGCAGAUCGACAUUUGUUGGUACAUUAUUUGGUUUCUUCAAGUCAUUGGAUUAGCAACUGAGGUUAAAGUACCCUCUCAAUCUCACAAGCAAAGACUACAAGCUUUGGACCAAAAGAAAAGAAAAGAACUUUGACAAUGAAGCUUUAAAUCGAAAUAAAUUUUCUUUCUCACAAAUGUUUGAGAAUAGAAUAAAAAUUAAUUAAGGUUCUAUUUUUUGUCUCAUUUUGUUCUAUUGUAGUCUUCAAGUUUCUCUCUUUUAAAACUUUGUAAAAAUGGUUGCUUUAGUUCUCAUGGUAAGAUUUUGUAAUUUCUUAAUUACUAGAUGAUGAGGUGGCUAUCUUUUUUUAAAUAUAAUGACUACAAACUAAAUGAUUUGACUAAGAUAUAAUAUGUAUAAGCCAAGGUUAUGAAUCCCUACAUAAGUAUUUCUUCUUCUUA